AUGGCUGCCCAAUGGCCGCCGCGCUCCCCCCACGAAGCCCUGCUCAGCACACCCAGUGGACGAGAAAAGUAUCGCCAACAACAGCUGCAGCAUCGUCAAAGAAGCAUAUCGCCGACCUCACCCAGCAGUCGUAUCCGCUCAGCCCGCUCGAUCCACGCCCUCUCUGCUGCAUCUUUGUCUCGUGCCGUUGCUGCCGAUGACGUCCUCUUCGACGGGGACCUGUUGGACGAGGAUGGGGAGGGCAAUGAUGAUGAUGAUGAUGAUGAUGACGACGAGGAGACCCUGCAGCUCAAGCUGCAGGCGAUUCAGACGAGGCUGAGGCUCAAAAAGUUGCGGGCUGCGAAAGCGGCGGCGCAGGCGCAGAGGAGGAAUAAUACGGCGACGGCGUCGAUGGUGGAUUUAGCGGCGACGACAGCAAGACAUUCUACGGCUGCAGUUGCGUCGUCCAACAUCUCCGCCGGUGUGCCCCUUCAGUCCAAGCUUGCUGCUGCCCGCGACAGGAUGGAGGCCGCACAGAAUAGCGGUAAUGCUGUCCAAGUACCUGCUUCGCCGGUCAGGAGAGCUACGACAGUGUCCGGCCACGGCCAGCAGGAGUCAUCGCCCAAGAGAGUCCUGCUUGGUAUUGACAAGGGGUUGAAAGGGGCCGAUGUGUCGCUGAAGAGGGCGCCGAGUCGCAGGACGGUCAACGGGGGGCAGAGUCAAGGGACAGGGAUAGGGACAGGGAUAGGGACAGGGACAGGGACAGGGACAGGGACAGGGACAGGGACAGGAUCAGGGACCGCUGGUGCGCCGCUGACGAGGUCAAAGUCUGUCAUGGAUUUUGGCAAUUCUCGCCAGCAGCAGCAGCAGCAGCAGCAGUGGGAGGAGGAAGAGGCGGCCCGUCGACCAAUGAGCUUCAACGAGAGGCUGGCUUCGGCGCGGGCAGAGGAGGUUGCGAAGAAGGAGAGGAGGGAGAGGAUACAGCGGGCACGGAGCACGGCGUUUGAUGUGCGGAGGGAGGAGAUGGAGGAGUAUAAGAGCCAUGCGAUUGAGGUGCCCGACCAGCCGGUUGAGAAGUCGCAGGAGUUUACACGGGAGCAAAUCCUUGCGUCUGUGAGAGGGCGGUCCGUUGGAGGAUCAGGGACAGGGAACGGGACACACUCCCAGCGAAGCAGCAUCUCCUCUCGAUCAGAGGUCACCGAAGAAGGCCCCGGCUUCGAGCCCUACUCUGGGCUCUUCCUCACAAAACGUAUUCUCCCCCACAACGUCCUUGCUCGUGCGGUCUCUGGAAAGAAAAUCUACCUGAUCAAAGACCUGCUCCGCGUCGUCAAAUCCCCCGACUGGUCCCUCCCCGACGAAGAAACCGACAUCGUGCUCUUCGCCAUCCUAGCCAACAAAUCCGACCCGCGCAGCCACAAAACCGCCGAUGGGCGCGCCCAACAAGACCGCGGCAAAUACAUGGUCUUGACACUAGUCGACCUCACUUACGAAGUAGAACUCUUCCUCUUCAACUCGGGCUUUGACCGCUUCUGGAAGCUCACCCCAGGAACGGUGCUGGCGAUCCUCAACCCGGGCAUCCUACCGCCUCCCCCCGGCCGCGAGGCAACGAGUCGGUUUGGUCUGGUCAUCAACUCCGACGCCGACACAAUCUUGGAAAUUGGCACGGCCCGCGACUUGGGGUACUGCAAGUCCGUGCGCAAAGACGGUACAUACUGCAAUGCGUGGGUGAAUUCCAAGAGAACAGAGUACUGCGAGUUCCACACGAACGAGGCGGUGCGGAAGGCGAGGAGCUCGCGCAUCGAGCUGGCCACAUCCGCCGGUUUUGGAGGGUCAGACUCCAAACACAGGCUCAACUCACAUGCGGUGUACCUCCGUGACAAGCAGGCCGAGCAGAAGGAAAAGGAGCACCGUGCUACAUUGGGGAAAUAUGACCGCUUCACGCAGAGCCAGUACUUCAUUAGUACGGCGGCCCGGGCGGCUAUCGAUCCGGAGGAUGAGCGUGUGACGGGGAUCGCGGAGCGCAGGGAGAGGGAGGAGGCUCUGAAGAGACGGUUGGCGCAGAGAGAGAAGGAGAGGGAUAUCGCAAGGAAGCUCAGCGAGAUGGGCGGCGGCGCGGGGAAGGAGUAUAUGUCUCGCGCUGCUGCUAGUGGUGGAUCCAACCACAGUAAGAGUUUUUCUGGUGGCAGCUUUAGCGCCAGUUUCAGGUCGGAUCACACCUCCUCGUCGUUUACGUCGAACGGGGGGCCGGAGAGGCAGACGGCCUCGUCGUCGUUUAGUUUGCCGCCGACCAGUAGCUUCGAGCAGCAACCCAGUUCUUCGCAGGGGCAGUUACCCCGGAAAUGGGAUGCCCGUGCAUUGGGGCUGAUUGGUCGGCGGCAGGGGGACGGGACCAGACCGGAGGAUGUAAAGGUCGAUUUGAGCCGGGCGCCGGCGCCGUCGUCGACUGUGUCUAGCUCGAGUGCGACCGGGACAAGUUCGUCAGCGUUUAUGGGGGCUGCGGCAGCGAAUAAAAGGAAGAGGCCUGAGUCCUCGGCGUCGAGCACCACCACGACGAGUACGGGGCUGGGAUGGGGAGCUGCGUUGAAGGAGAAGUUGGGACGGAUGAAGGAAGGGGAGGGGUUGCAUACUACGACGAGGCAGGCAGCGACAACGACAACGACAACGACGACGGGGGGUAAGCAUUCCGCAUCGGGGUCGUUUUCGGCGUCUUCAAAUGGGCAUGGACAUGCGCAGACUGCGACGGCGACGAUGACGAAAACGGCAAAAACGAGCGCGUCACAUAGCAACAGCAGCAACGGUAAUGGAAAUGGCAGUAAUAGCCACCCGCCGCCGAAGUCCUCGUCGAGCUCGAACUCAGCCACCGUCAAGCCUGCCGCCACUACCAAGGUUGUGAACAUCGGCAACAACAGGAACAUCACGCCCCCCCUCCUCCCAGCCCACAAAUCCCGCGGGGAUAAGUCGCCCGUUCGGAAAAAGACACGGUUCGUGACCGACAAGGGGAUCCGUGAGGCCGGGAGAGAGAGUCUGGGGAGUCAGUUGCUCAGCAAGAGGAUCCAGGCGCAGGUGCAAAUGGGGAUGAUGGUGGAUGAGGACGAUGAUGAUGAUGACGAGGAUGGAUUGAUUAUUGUGAGGUAA